AUGAUUACAGCAGUGACAAAACUAGGAGAUAAUACACUUGGGGAUAACACAAAUGGACUCAAAAUCAACGGGGAUAAAGCGGUUGGAGUCAGGAUGAAAGGGGAGAGGGCAAAUGGAGAAAGGAUGAUUGGAGUCAUGACUUGGGGUGAUAGGAUGAAUGGAGUAAGGAUGAAAGGAGAGAGAACAACUGGGUUGGCAACACCUGGUACUAGAACAAGAGGGUCGAGAGCCAAAGGAGACAGCACGAUUGGAGAGAAAAUGGCAGGAGAGACGAUGAUUGGAGACAGGAUACGAGGACCGAGGAUGACAGGGACGAACACCUGGAAAUGUUAUACACAGUAG